UGUACAACGUCUUGCUUGCAAAUUUCAACUUACAAGCCCAUAGCUAGCUUCUAUUUUUGCAAGCCAUGGAAACUCCUGUAAGGUUCUCAAGUUGCAGAGGCGUGGCCUUUGAGGUCAGGCCUCAUGCAGAUCCAUUUGCCAUAGCCACACCUGCUCAGCCAGAACCCCAUAGAAACAAUGGCUUUUGGCCUUUUUCUUCUUCCAAAGUGUUCCCUUCUUCUAUUCAAAGAUCUGUCAGCAAACCAAGCAGCCAUUUUUGUGACCUUGAACCAGAAGAUGAUGAUGACACUACUCUUGAAGAUGUCCCAGAAGAAACCUACGACGUGGAGAACCAAAAGCCUGUCAUGAUCCCACUUCCUAGCAAGCGUGAACAAGUGCAGCCAUCGAAACCACCACGAAAGAACGGAUCGAGGCUGUCAAUCAUAUUGCUAGAUCAAGGUCUUUUCACUGUAUACAAGAGGCUUUUCGUGCUUAGCUUGACCCUCAACAUUACUGGUCUGGUUCUUGCAGCAACAGGCCAUUUCUCAUAUGCAAGAAACAGGGCUGCUCUCUUCUCCAUUGGGAACAUACUCGCUUUGACUCUAUGUCGAAGUGAAGCCUUCUUUCGUGUGGUGUUUUGGGUUGCAGUGAAGCUCCUUGGGAGGCCAUGGGUGCCUCUUCUUCUUAAGACUGCUACGACCGCUCUCCUACAAAGCGUUGGAGGCAUACACAGUGGUUGUGGCUUUUCCUCAAUUGCUUGGCUCGUAUAUGCUUUGGUUCUCACUCUCAAAGACAGAGACAACACUUCACCUGAGAUCAUAGCCGUCGCCUCUGCCAUUCUCGGCCUUCUCUGUCUCUCUUCUCUCGCAGCAUUCCCUCUGGUUCGCCAUCUCCAUCACAAUGUGUUCGAAAGAACGCACCGUUUUGCUGGAUGGACUGCUCUUCUCCUCCUCUGGGCGUUUAUCAUACUCACAAUCUCCUACGACCCAAAAUCAAAAUCCUACACGAGCCACCUCGGUUCUUGGUUGAUCAAAACACAAGAGUUCUGGUUGACUAUAGCCAUCACAGUCAUUAUAAUCAUCCCGUGGUUGACAGUCCAGCGUGUCCGCGUCAACGUCUCCACCGCUUCCGGCCACGCCUCGAUCAUCAAAUUCGAAGGAGGAAUCAAAGCCGGAAUCCUCGGAAGAAUCAGCCCUUCACCGCUCUCAGAGUGGCACGCCUUUGGUAUAAUCUCAGACGGAAAGAAAGACCACAUGAUGCUUGCCGGUGCGGUUGGAGACUUCACAAGAUCUCUGGUCUCAAACCCACCAAGCCAUCUUUGGGUUCGUCAAGUUCACUUCGCAGGCCUGCCAUAUCUGGUAAACAUGUACGAGAGGGUUCUGUUGGUAGCCACUGGUUCAGGAAUUUGCGUGUUCCUGUCGUUUCUGUUGCAGCCAUGUAGAGCAGAAGUGAACUUGCUGUGGGUGGCGAAAGGGAUUGAACAGAACUUCGGGAAGGAGAUAAAGGGAAUGAUGAGUGGGCAUCCGAAAGAGAAGGUGAUAGUUCAUGACACUGCUGUGCUUGGGAGGCCAAACGUGACUGAACUCAGUGUGAGCACAGCGAAGAGAUGCGAUGCUCAAGUGGUCAUCGUCACGAGCAAUCCUGAAGGAAGUAGAGAUGUUGUGAAUGCUUGCAAGAGAGCUGGAAUUGCAGCUUUCGGACCCAUAUGGGAUUCUUAAUUAGCCUUGUUUUCUUCUCAUGGUUUAAUUAUAUUACUGGUACUGUCGAAAUGUCGAUUAAAUAAAUAAUGCUCUUUUCUUCGGUGUCCUUGUUCGUGGACAUAAAUGGUAGUUUUCUACCAACUACUGCAUAAGAUGUAUUAAUUUAACCAAUGGUCUCGACUUCGAGUAUUGGAUAUGAUGUUAAAUAGUCAUUGAUAGAAUUUUGUUGCUAAUAAGAUCCUACCCAACUCAACCCAUGAAUAAUGGACAAUUGUAUCAAAAAAAUGAGGAAAAACAUAUGUUUCGAUUCA